AUGGAUGUGCUGGACGUCAAGGAAAUAUGCUCGACGUCCGAAGGAAGUGAUUCUGCUGGUUCAGACUUAUCCGAUGAAGAAACUGCAGGUCCCGCAAUGCGACAGAAAAACGAAGUAGUUCAGAAUACCGUAUCGUUUGAUGACGAAGAAAAAAAACGCGCUGGAAAACGACAAAAAGAUGAAACAGAAAACACAAAGGGUGACUGGCUGUCCGAAGAAAAAACAAAACGACAACAGCUGGAUACCGAUGGCGAACUCGAUACUUCGGGUAUAAAAACGGAACCGGAAAGUGAUUCGGAGUGA